UUUUAUGAUUUGUUCAGGUCUUAAGAAGACUAAUAUGACAAAUUCUUAUUAAAACUCAUAAUAGUGUUUGUGAUAUAAGUUUUAAAUACGUAUAUUAAUUAAUAGUUUACCAAAAUAUCAAAAUAAAAUUAAAAUGACUUGAUAAAAAAAGCAUUAAUAGAUAUGAGUUAAAUAUCGUAAUGCUGUUGAUGAACCGAGAAAGAAAUUGUAAAUAAUGUCAAAACAGUUGAUACUAUUUCUGUGGACUUGCAUUGUUAUCGUGUUGCUUUCCUCUGUGAUAAAAUGUGGAAAAUCAAGACGAAAACGAGAGAAGCCCGGCUUAAAAUAUUCCGAUUGUGGCACAGAGCCUGGCAGGCCUCUGCGGUUCUUCGAAGUGAAAGCCAACCCCGUUCCCAUAGUUACGCCUGGAACGUUGUAUGUCUCAUUCCGCGGUAACAUCACACGUGACCUUCCACGGGACAUCUCGUUCGAGAUCGGUCUCACCAAAUAUUUAAUCGGUAUACCAUUCCCAUUGCCAUGUUUCGACAGCAGCCUCGGAUCAUGCAUGUACUACAACAUAUGUGAUAACCUGCAGAAGUAUGAAGUAAUGGGGUGCCCAAAGACUCUCAAACAGUACGGCGUCCAGUGUAGCUGCCCUUUCAAGGCCGGCGAGAUUAACGUGAAGAACUUGCCGCUUAAUAUUCCCAAAGUGCGAGGGUUUGCACAGGCUUUUAUUCGUGUAAGAGGUGACUACGGGUUAAAGCUACGAGUCCUCGACGGUCACAGCAAAGAGCUAGGCUGCAUACAGCUCGGAUUCUCAGUGAAGAAACGAUAUAGAGGCUGGUUGUUCAAGAUAUAGAUACAACCAAGGACCAACCACAUCAACACUUUACUUGGUCACUCAUCCCGCGAGAUAAAAAUCACAAGAGACGGGUGGAGUGUCGGUUUGUUCUAAACUGAUUUUCAUCUGCUUACAAUAAUCUACAAAUACGCAUUACGGGUUGAUUGUUUAUUGUUAAAUGACGACAGAAAGUACAAUGCUUUGGGCAUGAUAUGAACAUCUUCUUGACAAAAGUGUAAAUAUUGUAAAUAUAUGAACACAGAACAUCAUUAUAGUCUUAGAGGAAUUAUAGUGCACACAUGUUGCAUACUGACAUAAUGCACAAUUGGAUGUGACAUUGUUUAUGGUCGUCAUUAAAUGUAAAAAAAACACUCACACUCGCAUUUUU